GCACGUAUAUUCGGUGUACUGACACAGAAGCGAGCAACAUGACCAGGAUGCUCCUGCUGCUCCUAUUCUUGGCGUGUGCAGUCCGUGGAGAUCGUGUUCUUUCCAGGCAGAGACGAUACCUCACCUUUCCAGAAGGGAGUGCCGUCACAUUUUUGGUGUGCUGCAACUCUGUCGGUCCAUUCGCUGACGAUCUCUACACUUUUGGACUGGAUUUAGACAUGUCGUGGGAUUUACCAAACAACACCCGCUCCAUUCAGCCGGUGUACCCGUCUCUCCACGACCUGAGACGAGAGCGCCGAGAAGUUUACUCCAGACUAGAGAGUCUGUUUGAAGCGGCCGGAUUGGAUGGCAGAAUGUGCGUCCUUCGCUCCAUGUGCGAGGUGAGCAGGAGACUGGGCGCCCUGGGAGAGCCAGGAGGACUCAUCGAGGAACUCCUCAAACUGAUCUUUACAUUGCCGCGGACUGGGGGAGAUGAGGACGAUCCACGCCACGGACACUACGUGGUGGCAAACAAGCUGGGCGAAGAGAGUAAAUACGACUGCAUGAGAAUAUUUCCUGGCUGCCCAAUUAGCCUGAUUGACUUGGUGCUUGGACCUGAAUCAUGAUGCCAAUGAGAUUUUCCCUAUUAAUUAAUUAAGUCCUCCAUUUAUUUUUCAUAAAAUAAAUAAAAAUUUUAUAUAGAGCUGAUUUUUGUUGCACUUUAAAUGAUAAUUGAUAGAUCUUUACCAAUUAAAAAGAUUCAAAUACGCAGACUUACAAGUGGA